AUGAUAAAAUCCUGCGAGCUUUGUGGCAUAGAAAAGCCUGCCAUCAAACGUCCAAAAACAGGCCAAGGGAUCUGCAAGCCUUGCUUCUUCUCAGCAAUAGAAAACGAAGUCCACGAGACAAUAAUAAGCUCCAAUCUUUUUCAUCCAGGUGAAAAGAUUGCUAUAGGAGCUUCAGGAGGGAAAGAUUCCACCGUUCUAAUCCAUCUUCUUGACCUCUUAAAUAAGCGCCACAACUAUGGCAUUGAGCUUCAUUUACUUUCAAUCGAUGAAGGCAUAGUCGGAUAUCGAGAUGAUAGUUUAGUGACUGUUAAAAGAAACCAAGAAGUCUAUCAACUCCCACUUACAAUAGUUUCUUAUAGUGAACUUUUUGGCUGGACAAUGGACCAAAUCGUCAAAAAAAUUGGUCUGAAUAAUAAUUGCACCUACUGUGGAGUUUUUCGUAGACAAGCCUUAGAUAGGGGUGCAAGGAUGAUUGGGGCUGAAAAAAUUGCGACUGGACAUAAUGCUGAUGAUAUUGCAGAAACUGUUCUGAUGAACUUGCUGAGAGGUGAUCAUUUUAGAUUGGGAAAAUCCACAGAUAUUGUUACUGGGGAGGAAGGAGAUAUGCCAAGAUGUAAGCCACUUAAGUAUUUAUAUGAAAAAGAAAUUGUUUUGUACGCUCAUUACCAAAAUUUAGAUUAUUUUUCAACAGAAUGUGUAUACUCCCCAAAUGCUUAUAGAGGAUAUGCAAGAGAAUUUUUAAAGGAUUUAGAAAGAAUCCGACCUCGUGCGAUUUUAGAUAUAAUUCAUUCAGGAGAAAUGCUAAGCGUUAGUGCUCCAGCCCCUGCAAAAAUGACUUGUGAAAGGUGUGGAAACGUUUCAAGUAACAAAAUAUGUAAAGCUUGCACAUUAUUAGAGACAUUAUCGAAACCUUAA